UUCCCUACGCUUUGCUAAGACAAUUAGGCUAAGGCAAGGGCUGUUUCCUUGUCUCUGCUGCUGCUGGCUCGUCCUCUGCUUUUCCCGUGGUUCAUUUUCAUGCCAGCCAGCAACAAAUGAAGAUGGAUACUAAAGGCUUGUUUUAGUUCAGUUGUGACUGCGGGAUCUUGCUUGUGGUCCAGUGGAUGAGAUGACUGUGGUGGUGACCUCCAGAGCUUCGAGAGUGACCCAGUGAUGGCUCGUCCUGCCCCUGCUCCCCUGUACACCCUGAGGGGGGCUGGAUCCCCCCUUAAUGCCUUGCACUUCGGCCGCUGUGAAGGGGACCCUCCCCUGCUCUUUUCUGGCUCAGGCCAGGGGUCAGUCCAUGUGUGGAACCUGACCACCAGAAGAGCUGAGAGGGUUCUAGAAGGUCAUUCUGGAGCCUCUGUCACCUGGCUCAACAUGCUCCACUCCAGAGACACUCUCAUCAGUCAGGGGCGCGACAUGCGUGUGUGCUUGUGGGACCUGGCAGAGGGGCGCGGUGAUGUCACGGACGCCCUGUGGACCGGCAGUGUGGGGUUCUGUCGCUGUUCCCUGCUAGAGACUGGCCCUGGGAGAUGGCUACUGGCCCACGCUGGAGAAGCCAUGGAGGAGGUGAAGAUCAUUGAGCUGCCCAGCAAGAGCCCAGUUUGCUCCCUGAUACCACAAGCCAAGCUGGGGAUGGUCAUGUGCAUCAAGCUAUGGCAGCCAGACUCAAGCCCUGGCCCUCUCCUCCUGGCUGGUUAUGAGGACGGCUCCCUGGCGCUGUGGGACGUAUCCCAGAGGUCCGUGCUGAGCCGUGCGGCCGCCCACCCUGAGCCCGUCAUGUGUCUGGACUUUGACCCCGCCGGGCAGAGGGGCAUCUCUGGCUCCUCCGAGAAGAGUCUCGCCUCCUGGAAGCUUGACGGACAGCACAGACUCCAGCUCCAGGAACCCGUAGCCCUUGUGAAUCCUGGGAUCUCCCAGCUGUGCAUCCGGGGGGACCGGAAGAUCGUGGCAUCGGCCGGCUGGGACCAUCGUGUCCGUGUGUUUGGCUGGAAGAAGCUCCGGCCCCUGGCUGUCCUCCAGCACCACACAGACAUGGUGCUGAGCCUGGCCUUCUCAGACCACCAGGACCCCAGGAACAGGAUGCUGGCCGCGGGCUCCAAAGACCAGCGCAUCAGCCUCUGGUCCAUAUACAACCAGGGCAGCUCGGACACUGGGUGAGCCACUGGGCCCUGUUGGUAUGUUAUAGGGAGUCUUCUCGCCAGUGAUUAUACCAACUCUUUUACGCUCCUUUUACUAUCCCAGGACUAUAUCUGAAUGUACUGACUAGAGCUGGACUAUGUGAACUACUGGGUAGGAACUUCUGUCUCAGACUGUGAAGACAUUUCCGACAUAGCCAAGAUGGAUCAGGUCAGGAUGAGAUGUCUUUGUGCUUCCAAACAAAAGCUGUCAAGACGGCUGGUUAGUUCUGCUAACAAUUCACUGAGACUUAAUUUGAACACAUUAUUUUUGGUCAAAACCAACUGUUUUAUUGUGUUUGCUUAUCUGGUAGGAGAUUUGCCUGAGCGGACUUGAAUUUGAGGUAUAAGUCGCGCCUGAGUGACUGUGUAAUCCUGUGUUGUUGAUCUAGUUUAACAUUGCCCUCUGCUCUGACCUACACUGCAUCAGUCAAACAGGGUUAACCACAGAACUUGGACAGAAGAGACAAAGCUGUUUGUUAAGGAGGGCCACUGAAUAAUCUUCCCUCAACUAGAGAGGCUGUCUGUACGGAUUUGGACUUAAGAGGUUACUUGUAUUUUCAGUUUGGUCUUAAAUGUAUUUCUGUUUGUCAUUGUGAGUACAAUAUGUUGCCCCUGUGCAUUGUGGGAAAAAUGUGUCAACUUCGAACUGUGAUUGGAUGCGUUUAAGGUUUGUGAAUUACACCCCAAGUCCACCAAAUGUAAAUAGUAUCUGCUGUGCUUUUCAACUUUUUUAUUUCCUGGUAAUAAAUAUGUUUUUCUGUACAUCCA